UGCCCAGCUGUGGAAAUCAGCUGUUAGUAAUGACAAUUGACAAAUAUAAGAUGGCGUCCGUCUGAAUUUAGACAAAGAGGUGCCCGUCGUUUAAACGUAUAUUUGACUUCUAUCAUUGUUGAUUUGUGCUAACCCUGAGCUUAUCUGACCCAUACCGAUCUGGCUGCAAGAUGCUGGACCUGGAGAUCGUCCCCGAGCGUUCGUUAGGCUGUGAACAAUGGGAGUUAGUCUUAGGGAUGCAUUUCUCGCAGGCCGUCGCUAUAAUUCAGUCGCAGGUCGGCAACAUCAAAGGCGUCCAAGUGCUUUAUAACGAUGCAAACCCGCUAGAAGUAGACCUAAUAAUCAACUUGUCGCAAGAUGGGAUUAGACUAUUUUUUGACCCAGUUGUGCAGAGGCUGAAGAUCAUAGAGAUAUGUAAUAUGAAAAUGGUCAAGUUAAAAUAUUGUGGAUUGGCAUUCAAUUCUCCUGAAGUUCUGCCUUCAAUUGAACAGAUAGAACACUCUUUUGGGGCUACACAUCCAGGAGUGUAUGAUUCUGAAAAACAAUUGUUUGUGCUAAAUUUCCGUGGCCUUUCUUUCUAUUUUCCUGUGGAAUCUAGAUUCCAAACUGGUAGCACCCACAAUCUGGGUUCUUUACAUUUUCCACCUGGUUCAUCGCCGUUAGUAUCUCGAAUGGCGAUUUACAGUGGAGCAAGUGUGGAGAUGGCAAGUGCACCCGAACUUCCGCUCUCGUGUUUCCACGGUCAGAUGUAUUUGAAAAAGGCGGAGGUGAUUCGUGGAGACAGUUAUACUAAAGGCAUUAAGUUGAGCCUGCUGGUCGGCGCCAACACCCGAAGGAUAGACUCUUCGAAGAUGCAGAUUGAACGCGAAGUUAUGCUUGGGAAUUCCGCACAAGACGUAGCCUCUAAUCUGGGCGCGCCUUGUAAGGUGUUCUACAAGAGUGAGGAUAAAAUGCGGAUCCACAGUCCGAACGCCCAUAGGAGGGUGGCCGCCUGUCGCAGCGACUACUUCUUCAAUUACUUCACACUCGGAUUAGACAUUCUUUUUGAUGCACGUACCCACUUGGUGAAGAAGGUGGUGAUGCACACCAAUUACCCAGGUCAUUAUAAUUUUAAUAUGUACCAAAGAUGCGAGUUCAGCGUACUGCUGGAAACCAUGGACGUAACAGCCUACUGUCGAUGGGACGAUCUAUGCAAAAAGUUGACACCCAGUGAACGACCGGUCGUGCUCAACAGGGCCAGUUCAACAAACACUACCAAUCCGUUUGGUAGUACCUUCUGCUAUGGUUACCAAGACAUCAUAUUCGAAGUGAUGCCGAACAACUAUAUAGCAUCGUUAAGUAUUUAUGGAGACGGAAAGCCGUGCGAGGGCGAGAACGACCUUGCGUGACAGAGGCUGUCUGCCACUUACCUUAUCCUUGCUAACAGGUACUGGCAACCAUAAACAUAAAAUGUCUGCA